CGCACAGCCAGGCACAGAGCUGGUCGGAGCAGGAGCAGCGAGGAGCCGCGAGUCCAGCCGCAGGCAGCGGGGAGUGGAAAUUUACAGCUGCUUGUGAGCGCCUGUGCAUGUCCAAGUGAUCCUGUCUGCUCACGCUUUUCCAGAGGCUGACGGUCGCUCGGAAUAAGAGGAGCGGGAGGCCGAAUCGCGGGAUCGCUGGGCUCUGCCACUUGUCGGUGAUCGGCGCGGGGGAAUAAAGCGGAAUUUAAUGGAAGAUCACUGAAGGCGGCUGCGGGCGGCGCGGGCUGCAGGGAGGCGGCAGAGCUGUCUUCAGCACCUGGCCAUGGGGCUGCGCCGGGCUGCCUAGGAGCCCCCACCUUCCCGCUCCCACACUGCCGAGGCAUUUUCCUCAUGACUGGGAGAGACAACCUCUGAGACCAGGAGAGUUAAUCUGGCAGUCCUCUUGUAUCCUGAAGGAAGAAAUCCAGGUGAAGGAAGACCAUGCCUUUGUUUAGUAAAUCACACAAAAAUCCUGCUGAGAUUGUGAAAGUUCUGAAAGAAAAUAUGGCCAUAUUGGAAAAACAAGAAAAAAAGACAGACAAGGCAUCGGAGGAGGUGUCAAAAUCUCUGCAAGCAAUGAAGGAAAUUCUAUGUGGGACCACAGACAAAGAGCCACCCACAGAAAUCGUGGCCCAGCUGGCACAAGAGCUCUACAACAGUGGCCUUCUAGUGACACUUAUUGCCAACCUGCAGCUGAUAGAUUUUGAGGGCAAAAAGGAUGUUUCCCAGAUAUUCAACAACAUCUUGAGAAGACAAAUUGGCACACGCAGCCCUACUGUGGAAUACAUUAGUGCCCAUCCACAUAUCCUAUUCAUGCUUUUAAAGGGAUAUGAAUCCCCAAAUAUUGCCUUACGUUGUGGAAUUAUGCUGAGAGAGUGUAUCCGCCAUGAACCCUUGGCCAAAAUCAUACUAUUUUCAGAACAGUUCAGAGACUUUUUUAAAUAUGUGGAAAUGUCAACAUUUGAUAUUGCUUCUGAUGCCUUUGCUACGUUCAAGGACCUGUUAACACGACACAAAUUGUUGGUGGCAGAAUUUCUGGAACAAAAUUAUGAUGUAAUCUUUGAGGAUUAUGAAAAACUCCUUCAUUCUGAGAAUUAUGUAACAAAGAGACAAUCUUUGAAGCUUCUGGGUGAACUGAUUCUGGACCGACACAACUUCGCCAUCAUGACGAAAUACAUCAGCAAACCAGAAAACCUGAAGCUGAUGAUGAACUUGCUGCGAGAUAAAAGCCCCAACAUUCAGUUUGAAGCAUUCCAUGUGUUCAAGGUUUUUGUGGCCAGUCCAAACAAAACACAGCCUAUUGUGGAGAUCCUGUUGAAAAACCAACCCAAGCUAAUUGAGUUUCUGAGCAAUUUCCAGAAAGAAAGGACGGACGACGAACAAUUCACUGAUGAGAAGAACUACCUGAUUAAGCAAAUCCGAGACUUGAAAAAGCCAACGGCGUGAAGAACACCUCUUGUUUUCCACUGUAGGCAUUAAUCUCAGUUGUUAAGUUCCUCUGUGUCCCUUAAACACCACAAUAGUGCUUGAGAAGGCACAGCAAGUGCCUGGUUUUUAUUUUGUCUUUGUUCCUAGAUGUCAAGAGUAUAGGGGUUUUACAUGAGAACUAAAAAACCAAAAAUCUAGAAUAAUAUAUUAUUUUUAAUCAAGACUAUAAUUAUUUAUGUCAGUUUAGAAUCUCUCUGUGAUAGAAGCUGGUUUGACAGAUUGGUUUUUUGUGCUCAAGAAGAAUGAACUUCUUUGCUUAACUUUAUCAGCAAACUCAAGCUCUGGCAAGGGCACAGAGCAGGUCUUCUGAGGACUGUGACGUUGUUCCUUCACACCUGUAGUUGUGACUUGGUUCUAGCACUGCACACACACACAAGACUGUGAAAGAGUACACUAGUCUCUGGAGUUAGCUGCACUUAUAGGUCAGGUUCUUUAGUCAAAACUAUGGAAGAUGAAAAGCAGUAAAGGUCACGUUUUUGCUUCUUUUUGUGUUCUUUCCAUCUUUUUUUUUUUCCCCUAGAUCAGAGGUUUUCUAUUCAGUGCUAGGGAAUGGAUGGAUAUAUCAGCCAUCCGAGCUGUUCCUGCCUAACUCCCAUUUCUCUGUGUGUGAUCUAUCUUGUGCUAGAGCACAGGUUUUUCCUACCAGCUCCCAAGCAGUCUCAUGAGGAGCAGCCCCACGUACACAGUGCUCACAUGCCCUGUAAUGGGAAAAGGCAAGGGCAACCCCCCCAUCAAAGGCCUUGCUGUACUGCCGAUAAAGUGAUCCCCCACCUAUGGAAACCAUCCAUAGUCAAGAAUAUUGGGUGGUAGCCAGAGCUGCUUGGCUGAAUUGUGACAAGGGCUGAGCCUCAGCACCAGCGUAAGGGGAGGGUCCUUAGUGUCCUUGUAUCUGAAUUCCAGUCCUGGCUGUGCAAGGUGGGGUUGAGCUGAGUUCAGCAAGGGAAUCAUGAAAAGGCCUCAGCCAGAUCUGCCCAGGAGGCCACUGGGCAGCCCCAGGCACCAAAGGCCACCCAUAGUCUGGCAUUUUCUGUUCUUGUUCAUCCUAACAUGAAUUCAGUUCUGUGUUAAAGUUGUAGAAGAGGAGGUUGUUGCACCAAUAAUGUUUUGAGUUUAUUAAACUCUAUGGUACAGACAGUGUUUCCAUGGUGUGUUUGAAGAGUUUUUGGGGUCUUUUGUUUUCUAACAGGAAAAUGUUACUCUGAUGCUUUAUUAGGAAGUGGAGUUUGAGAGCAGGGAGUGGAAAUUUCUUGAAUUUUUCUGGACAGCCUAAGUUCUGAGUUUUCCUAUUUGCUGUAAGAAAGUUGUCUAGCUAAAACUCUAGCUAAUGCUUCAGAUAACAGGUGACACUGAAUUGUAAAAACAGAACGAGCCCCUUAGCCCCUUUCUUUCAUUGAACUGUUGUGUAUUGAGGUAACUGACACUUUAAUUUAUGUGCUUUAGAAAAGGGAAGAAACAGAACAGAUUGUGGUCUCUUUUUUUUUUCAGAUGUCAGAUACAACAAAUGUACAUCUUAGUUGCCUGGAAUUAAGAAAAAAAUAUAUUUACAAGCUAUUAAAGGCAUGA